AUGACAGGAAACCUCUACCAUCACCUCCAUAACCUUGCGUUAUUGGCAGUUCCUUUUGCCAAAAGACCAAUUCUGGUAAGAAGAAACUCAUUUAUUAUUUUACAAAAAAUAAAAUUCAUAUCAUUUAAAACUAUUGUUACAUUUACUCAGACUCUUUUUAUCUCUUAUGUUCUAUAAUAGUUUGGCAGUCUGAUGUGCGCAGGGAUUCUUUUGUUCUCGGGAAGGUAGGGAAUAUGUAUAUUGGUAUAUUGUUGAAAUUAGACUCAAUAAUGUAGUGCAACACUUUACAUGACGCACUUAGUUUCGUCAAAUUGAAGCCUGAAACCACCUACCCUGCCAGCAAAGGCUUUAGCUUUUAGGAAGUCAUUCACAUCGCUUGUCAGUCAUGUAGUUGGUUUGUUUUAUAUGCCCCAGGAGAAAAGGGGCAUAUAAAAAUAAAACAAACAAAACGACUGAGAAGCGAUGUGAACAACUUCCUAAAAGCUAAAAGCUGUGUAAGAGAGAAACCUCUGCUCACAGGGUAAAAACAGUAUUACAUUUGUUUUAGCUCUUGUUAGAUAAUCCGUUUAUAUUGUUAAAAACAACAUAAACUCUGAAAAAGAGCAGGAGAAAUAAGUCAUUCAAACCAUGUCUGAAGUACGUGAUUUCCUUAUACAGGCUAGAGAUACACACAAGAAAUCAUGUAACUUUGUCAAGAAAAUUUGAAUAAAUAUCUUGCUCCAUUAUGCACCUGCACUUAUUUUAAGGAUUACUGGCUUUUUUGCGAAGUGUUUCCUGCGGGAGUACCCAGGGGCACCCAACGACAAUUUUCGGAAAAUAUCUGUUCGGAAGACGAUUUAAGAUCUAGCAUUUUCGGUACAUUUGUUGUAAAAUUUCUUGCUUGCCUGCCUCUCUUAGGAUUUUCGAACAUCUAAAAUAUGGUAUAAUUACCCAUUUUUAACGGAUUUUUAUCCUAAAAAGGUCACCUAGAAUUUUCGGGAGCCUUUUUUCUGGCUGAGAUUUUCGAAAAGCUAAGUUUUGAUCCCUAUAAUUUUCGGAUCACUAGACUUUCAGCUAGGAAAUCCGAACAGAUGAAACAUUUUUAGGGGAUAAAAAUAUGCCUUUAUCUAGCGUUAGGAUACUGAAAUAAUUUAACAAUGCUAUGUUUAAGUGGUUUUGAACUUUAUUCUCGUUGGGUGCCCCUGGGAGUACCCUGGGUGGCAGAGGCUUUUCGUGCGCGGUUUCCAGUUUCGGUCAAGUCUUAAAAAAACUGACCCCCGCCUGCGGCCGACGAAGCUCCUCAUCUCACGCGACAAAAAAACCUCUGAUACCCAGGCUACUGCUGGAGUGAAUCCCAAUAAAAGCCUGGCAAACGGGCAAAAAUCGAAAAACAAGCCAAAAAAUAAGGGUCAAGCUUGCAAUGUCUCUUGUCCAACACUCGAUAUAUUACCUUCUGCACGUGCCAAAACCCCCAAAACUAUUUUUUGCACUAGAAACAAGGCAAUACUGACCUUAGAAAACAAAAUAAUGCUGCUACUGUAAAGCCCCUCGCUCUUUUUCUUUUCUUUUCCAUUCACCUACUCUGUUCCAAGUCAAAGCAUAUUUUCUCUUUCAGUUGUUACAUUGUUGGAAUAACAAGGGACAAGUCAUUUGGAAAGUUAGCGCCUCUGGGUGGAUAUCUUCUCAUGGCAGGAUGGCUAACGUUUGCCUUUUAACAGGCGCGAGUUGAAUAACCUCCGAGGGGCGAAGCCUUGCUUGGGUUUUGUGUCACUAAACAGAAGCUAGACAGGGCGUAGUAAAAAGCGCUAGUGAUCAGUUUAAGCACUGUUCGCAUUUAGCUAUAUAGGCCAUAUAUGAUUCUUAAUAAACGAACUGCCUCCGAU